GCUGAAAUUAGGCAAGUUCUUAUUUUCUAAUACUGUAGCCAGGAAUCUGGAAUGAAGAAAUAUGAAUUAUCUAAAUGAUGACGGCUAUUCUAGAACGGAUCAGCACCUUGUCCAUCAGCGGACAGCAGCUCCGUCGGCUUCCUCAGCUCCUAGAAGAAGGCUUUCCCAAGAUGCCUUGCACUGUUAAAGAAUCUGAUGUGCCCCAACUUUUCAGAGAGCCAUAUAUCCAAGCUGGCUAUCGCCCCACAGGUCAGGAUUGGCGCUACUAUUUCCUCAGCCUGUUCCAAAAACAUAAUGAGGUUGUUAAUGUCUGGACCCACCUUCUGGCUGCUUUGGCAGUGCUGCUGAGGUUUAAUCUUUUUGCCGAAGCAGAGGACCUGUCUCUGGAGAUCCGCUCCUUACCUCUCUUCAUCUUCGUCCUUUCCUCUGUUACAUAUCUAACAUGCAGCCUCUUAGCUCAUCUCUUGCAGUCCAAGUCAGAGAUGUCACACUAUACUUUUUAUUUUGUGGAUUAUGUUGGAGUCAGCAUCUACCAAUAUGGAAGUGCCCUGGCCCAUUUCUAUUACAGCUCCGACCAAGCCUGGUAUGACAAGUUUUGGCUUUUCUUCUUGCCAGCAGCUGCUUUCUGUGGAUGGCUCUCAUGUGCUGGCUGUUGCUACGCUAAGUACCGCUACCGGCGCCCCUAUCCCAUCAUGAGGAAAGUGUGUCAGGUGAUCCCAGCGGGGUUGGCAUUCAUCUUGGACAUCAGUCCCGUGGCCCACCGUGUGAUUAUGUGCCAUCUUGAAGGCUGUGAAGAGUUGGCUGCUUGGUACCACACCUUCCAGAUACUUUUCUUCCUAGUCAGUGCUUAUUUCUUCUCCUGUCCAGUUCCUGAAAAAUAUUUCCCUGGGUCCUGUGAUAUUGUUGGGCAUGCCCACCAAAUUUUCCACACCUUCCUUGCUAUUUGCACACUCUCACAGUUGGAAGCCAUCUUCUUGGAUUACAAGAAUAGGCAAGAUAUCUUACUCAAGCGACAUGGAUCCCUCUCCAUCAUCCUGUCUUGUGGUUCCUUUUUUGGCUUAGUUGCUUGCAGUGCUGUCACUGCACGCCUAUUGCAGCGCAAGAUCAAGGAGGAACUGGCCAUGAAGGCGUCCUGAGAGACUGUCACAGAAACAGGGUUCAGUCCUGAUGUGCUUGAAGAAAAGUAUGAAGAGUGAAGUUUACUCAAGUACUGUAUAUAAGUAAAUUAACCAAGUAGUUUUUCUCCAUAAAUUAUAAUCAAGGAAUUGAUUACAGGCUGGCACUAAUUUAUUAAAUCUGCCUUAUGCCCUAAACGUUUUUACUGAAUGUACCUAUUGCUGGGCAAAGGGCAUUUAGAAUACCUAACUGAAGAGUUUUGAAGGCAGAUUUUUCUAAAUGGUCUUACUCUUACUUAUUUGCAGAAAUUUGUAUUAUGUGAAAGAGGAUACUAAUGACUGACUAGAAGGCUAGAGGAUUACCAUAGACUUGCAUAUUUGUAAAGCUCUUAUCUCAUUGAUAAAUUGGAACUGUGUCUGGGUUAUACUACUUCAGAAUGUAGGCUGGGAUGGAUUCACAUGAGAAGAUAGGAAAAGAUCCCUAAAUAGAGAAAACUCACACAUUGGGACAAAGUCCCUGAUAUACUAGUUUAUGUGCAGGGAUUUUGUUUCAUGUUAAAUUGUAAGACUCUUCACUUGCGGUCUGAAAUGGUACAGACUUCUCAUAGGAAUAUGACCUCAGGGAUGAUUAGAGCAAAGAUUAUGGGGAGGGUUGACAUAGUGAUGAUGAUCUCAAUUGGUCUGUUUCAUUUUAGCUGUGGCCUUGAUACCACUGGCAUCCAUACAGCUGCAGUGGUGCUAAGUCUUCCCCUGAGUUGUCAGCUUCAGAAAUAGGAUGGUGGUAGAAAUAGUAGUCAUAAUCUGGGACUGUAAUCUGUUUUUCACUCAAGCCCAGUUUAGCUGAAGCAGGAAAGUGUAGAACUCUUAAAGGCAGCAGACGUUACUAGCCUCUCCCCUCCAUGAAUUGUUCUGUGAUGUCAGUGAAGAGCUAGUCAUCUUCAAGCCCAGGGCAAGUAGCCCUCCCAUUCUCUCUGUCUACUGUACAUGCCAAGGCUUCUGCAGUGCAAACAGCUGUUCGACUUAUGGAUGACCAUCUCUUCACUGAGGCUAGUAGUGACCAGGCAGGGCAGGAGAUGCUUGCUGCUUUUAAUAGGCCUUCUGCACUUUCUCAAUGAGUCCACAACUUAUUAUGGACCAAGCUGCCUCAGUUCUUAGUGCUUCAGUUUCCUUCAAGAAAGAUGUGCUGUAAGAGUAUCUCCAAAUUCAGAUAAUCACUUUGAAUGCUGGGUAUCUGCCCUACCCUCUUUGCCCUGCCCUGCUCCUGACAUUCCACAAACCCCCACAAAAUCACAUUCCAGAUGAUUUGCAUCUCUCUUAUUCUAAAGGGGUUUCAGAUAGGACUUCAGCUUUCCUGUGUACCUCCUGAAGAGUUCUGGGAUAUCAAAAAGAUGAAGAGGAGUACAAAUAUCAAUGGAAUAAAAGAAAACUUCAGAAAAAUCAAUCAGGAUUUCUCUGGAAAGAAACUGAAGGCUGCUGGUUGAUCUGCUAAGCAAGCUAUUUUCAAGGCUUGGCAUACCACCC